AUGGCAUCUCAACCCAUCGUCCUCUCCCCAGCAACUCCGUCGGAACUUCUAUCAUAUAUCAUAUCUAACCAUAGAUAUCCUACGACAUUGAUAAUUGGGUCUUCCAAGUCAGAGUUUCAGGCAUCACUCAUCGAGGACAUUGCCCAUCAUCUCACCAUCAAUGAUCGACGGAGUCAAGAGGAUGGCCCCGGAGAUUCCAUUACAACGCCCGCUUCUCAUGGUCUUCUAAAAGCACCACUAUAUCAAAUAGCCAUAUCUCGCCAUAUUCGAAUCCUAUUCGCACCAACCGUUACACAUCUACGCGCAUAUCUCUCUGUCUUCACACCUAACAACUCCCCUAUCUCAGCACCACCGAACCAUAAACCGAGUUCCUGUGCACCCCUCCUCCUGAUCUAUGGCCUGCUGGCUCUGCAUCGCGAUGCUAGCGAGUGGUCUGCUCAAGGUAUCGGCAACUCAGCAGCGCUCUUUGUAGAUGCUGCGUCUCGAAAUGCUUCCAGAGCAGCUAUCAUUGAACCAAAAGGUGCAGGCGGACAUGAAGACCUGGACUAUAUUGGAGGAGAACUGGUGCCUUUGUUAAACGGAACAACAAGAAAAGACGAUGGAUCAUGGAGUGGACGGACAGUCAGCAUAAAACAAGUAUUGAACCGAUGGUUCGAAUUUCAGACUCAAGACUAG